AUAAAAACAGUGUAAAAAUUGUAUUAAUACAAUAUUUAAGUACUUCUUGUAUUUACAGCAGAAAACAUUUUGUCUAUAUAUAUAUAACUCGAAGACAUAAACACGCAAAAAUGUACGUUGCUAUGCAACAAUAUUGACAUAAUCGCCGCUAAAGAUCAACUUUCGACGGAUAUAUAUAUUUUUGUAAACACAAGUUAUUUUGAAGAUAGUCUACAUUAUAUAAAUCAUGGGAGAAGUUGAUAAUAUAUCCACCUUCAGCGUAGAUGGAGGGCAAGACACCGUCGGGCUGCCCAGGAUAGUGAUGGUGACCGAGGGGUCUGACACCUCAGCGUCCUCAGCCUCCUCCACAUCCGCGAGCGAGGACAACUGGGCUGACCUCAUAAAAUCCUCGGAAAUACCACCAGAAUAUUGGCACAUACAGAAACUCGUGAAGUAUAUGAAAGCCGGUAAUCAAACGGCUACUAUGGUCGCUUUGUCAUGUUUGAAAGAUCACGAUCUUACUAUAGAAGUCAAUCAAAGGGCGAUACAGGAAAUUGGUGGUCUUGAAUUACUCGUCAAUUUAUUGGAGACUAGAGAUUUGUGUUGCAUAUUGGGAGGUUUAGCAGUUCUAAAAGAUAUUACUCCGAAUAUCGAAAUCCGAAAGAAAGUUACAGAUCUGGGAGCUAUUCCGUUAUUAGUGGGAUUGUUGUCAGAUCCUGCCAGGGACGUGCAGAUUUUGGCUGCAGAAACGAUUGCCAAUUUGGGUAGAAUUCGAAAAAGCAGAAAGUUUUGUAGGAAGUUUGGUGGAAUCCCAAAGAUGAUCGACCUGUUAGAGGUGAAAGAGAAAUAUUUGAUAACACCACGUGAAGAGCUAAAUCUUGAUGAACAACAAUAUUUGGACAUAGCUAGAGCCGGUGCUAAGGCGUUGUGGUCAAUGUCGGCCUCCCAAAGAAACCGGGAGGCUAUGAGAAAGUACGGGAUGAUACCGUUGAUAGCCAACCUUCUGAAGACGAUACAUCUGGACGUGGCAACGCCAGCAGUGGGCCUAUUGCAAAUGUGCGCAAAUGAGACCUCGUUCCAACUAGCCGUUCAAACAGAAAAAAUGGUGGGGGAUUUGAUCAAGCAUUUAAGCAACGAAGACAAAGAUUUAAAGACCUAUUGCAGCUUGGCAAUAUAUAAGUGCGCGAGUGAUCCAGUAACGAGGGACAUGAUUCGUGAGGCUGGAGGGCUGGAACUGUUAGUGGAGGCAGCACAGGAUUCCAGUAACAGAACUAACAAGCCCUUAAUGGCCGCUGUCACCGGAGCGUUAUGGAAAUGCGCUGACAGCGAUCCAAGUAUUAAAAAAUUAGAUGCUCUUGGUGCAGUUAGAAUACUAGUCAAAUUGCUCGAUGAUGAGAAUAAUGGAGUUUUAACUAAUGUCGCAGGAGCAUUAGCGGAAUGUGCAAAAUAUCCACCUAAUCGGGAUAAAAUUAGAAGCGCUGGCGGAAUUCCUAUGCUAAUUCAUCAUCUAAACAACACACAUAAACCGCUCCUAGAAAACGUUCCAUUAGUUUUGAUGGAGUGUGCAAAAGAACAAAACUGUAUGUUAGAAAUUGAAGAACUAGAUGGUGUUAGGCUAGUCUGGUCGCUAUUGAAGAACGACUCCAAGAAGGUGCAAACCAACGCUGCGUUGGCUUUAAGUCCUUGUGUGCAGAAUGCCACAGAUUCGGGAGAAAUGGUCCGGUCGUUUGUUGGAGCCCUAGAUCUGACUGUGGACUUGCUGGAUUCUGAUGACCACAACGUGCUGUCUGCCGUGUGUGCAGCUAUAGCGACCAUUGCUAAGGACCACGAGAAUCUUGCAGUUAUUUCCGAUCAUGGAGUGGUAGCUAAACUUUCCAAACUAGUGAGCACAACCGAUGACCACUUGCGAGCAAAUCUCGGUGUUGCCAUAGCAUACUGCUGCGACUGGGCGCAAAACCGCCAGGAGUUCGGCAGGCGUGGGGCCAUUACCCCGCUUGUCAACUACAUGACGUCACGGGACCCCAAAGUCCACAGGGCGACGGCUUUGGCAUUGUACCAUUUGUCGUUUUAUUCUAUCAACUGCGUGACUAUGCAUGCUGCUGGCGUAGUUCAGUUCCUGCUGGAGACCAUCGGCUCAAAGGACCCGAUACUGCAAGAAGCCUCGGCUGGGUGUCUGUGUAACAUCCGUAAGCUGGCCCUCGCCACAGAGAAGAUCAAAUUAAAACAAUAAAUUGUUCAUUUAUCGAUAUGCCUACUUAUAUUAAUAAAUUAGAAUCUUUAAUGUAUUUAAUUAUGUAAAUAUUAGCUGAGUUGGGACAUCCCGUGUGGAAACUGAACGUCAUAAAUACACAUAAGUAGAUAAAUAGAAAUGGGCGAUAUCAUUUUUACCCCGCGCCCUUUAUAAUUCCAUGAUUAAUAUCAACAGAUAAACUUCACUUUAAUCGAAAUCUAUUGAAUUUACUUUAUGCAACGU